CCAGGGAGUGCUCCCGAAAAGAUCUGCUCAGUAAAACCCCUUAAAUAUAAGAAUUAAUUGUAACAUGAAUGCACGUUCACAGAUUUUUGAUUUUACCAUGGAAGGUCGGCAGGUGGAUGAAGCGGUGGCUAGCAUCUUUCAUACAGUAUUAUUUCAUCGCUGUUCUGGUAAAUAUAUGUAUACUGGAGAUGCACAGUAUUCUAUAGGUACCGUGGGUUAUUCCGAUGUUGAUUGUGACUUUAUUGACUUUACCUAUGUUUGUUGUACUUCGGAAAGCCUUACACGCAAAGUGAAGCGUGCCAUCAAUGUUUUUAGCGAAAAAUUGCGCUCGAAUGAUAGCUGUGGCUCCGGUCAGAUAAGUUUAGAAUUUUUUCAGAAAAAGAAAAAUCGCUGGCUUUUCACACAGGAGUCUAUUCCCUGGGAAGUGUGGACAGUUCAUUUGGAUUUAAUUAAACACGAGAACGAAGAUGAUCGGCAGCUUUCCCGCGAAAAUAUAUCUGAUCUACUUACUGAGAAAGUUAUAUACAUUACAGAAUUAAUGAACCGUCACGAUUAUGUACCGAAGACUCCCAGUCAAAGCGAGCUAGAUCUAAUUUUUGAUACCUCGUUUCCAGAUAUACAGCCAUAUUUGUUUAAAUUUGAUUAUUCGACCUCUGGGUCGACAGCACCUUCAAUGGGAAAUGCAGUGAAAAAGAUAAUUAAAGAAACACUUGCAAUGUGACUACUUACAAAAUUAUGGGUGGAAUGUGUAAAACAAGAUAUAGCUUAGCAAAGAAUGUAGGACUUACUUUUUAAUGUGCUUGUUAAUGUCCUGCAUUACUGCUCAUCAUGCUUAACUGAAACUGAUGACUUUUAAGCUUUUAUUGGAUUGUAAAUAAUGUUCAUUACAUUUGUAAGUGAAAAUAUGUAACAAAUUAUAUGUACUUAUAAAGCCGUAGGCCUUACCGUUUAUAUAAAACAUCUGUAUACAUUAAAUGAUUUAUUAAUUU